AUGUCAACAAACCCAACCGACCGCAGCUCCACAACCUCUCUUACCGCUGAAUCGAACUCGAACCCAAACCCAAAUUUCGGAUCCCUCAACCAUAGAGCAAUCAUCUCUCUACAUCUGAGGUGGGACAGCUCAGACCCAGAACGCGCUCCACCUCCCCUACCGAUGAACCCAUCGUCGCCCGUCGUUGCCUCACGUCCGAAUACAUCGAGCGCCAUACAAUCUGCACACCUUGCCUUGACCGAGAAGGCGAGGGACAACGGCUACGUCACAAAUCCUCCGAACAAACGCAUAGACACAUCUCCGGAGCGGUCCCUGAUCAAGGGAGCUGCCCACAAGCGUAUGCAGUCCUUGCAGACAGGCAAUGUAAGAGAUAUAAGCAGUCUCUUGGAGGGUGGCUCAGCAUUCAAUAGCCCAAGAUCACCAGAGAAGAGUGCAAGACGGCCGUCAACACCCCAUGCAAACAAGGACUUCUUCCUGGAAGCCAGGUCGCCGGAAAGGUCGCCCGAGAAGUCGCCCGAGAAGUCGCCCGAAAAGGAUACCAGUCGAUCCGCGACUCCGACACCAGGACGCGAAACACCAAGUCGGGACCUCCAUCUCCGACCCUCGUUGAGGAGACCACCUCAGAGCAUCCUUGGAGAAAACACACCUCCCCAAUCUGCUACGAUGCUUGCCUUACAAAAUAUGUCAUGCAGGGAGGCCGAUGCACCUUUAUCCAAUGUCACAAAUGGUUCUACCGCAUUAGUUCGAACACCACAGACUUUUGAUGCGAUUUCAAACCAGAUCUUGAGCCUUACCAGCAUUGCUACAAGUCUGCAGAGGGAAAUGGCCAAUCUCAGCAGAAGGAGCAAGGAUAACGCCACGGAUCUUGUCAGUUUGAAGGAAGCUACAAAUUCUCGUGACGAGGAUAUCCGAAAGAGCCUCAGAGAACUGGUGAUUAAUUUGUCGGAGUCCAGUACUCGGUCUUCUAGCAAUCCAUACGGAUCUGCCGGUCUCUACCUCGAUAGCAAAGCUUACAACUCUCACAACUCGCCUGGCUCAAAAGCUGCAAGGCCAUUCACCCUCCCGCGCAUCCCAAGCCCAACAAGCUUCGCCGCAUCUUUGGAUAGAGACUCCAUGACGAGUUCGGCUUCUUGUAAUCACGAUGGUGUAGCAAGCAUUGCGCUUCUCGAGAAAGUCAUCCGCGACAUGGGCACAAAGGAGGGUCAAGACCUCCUGGUAUCUCGUCUAACCGAAGUCGCCGACAAUCUUGCUCGGGAUGGAAGCGCAACUGCUCAGAAACUCGACGAAUUGCUCGAUCUCAUCAAGAAAAAUUCUUCUCGGGAGCUCGUAGUACAAGCUGGCAGCAGCUCUGGAGGCGACUACGUGGGCAAUAGACCUCGUAAUUUCAGCUUCGACGAGGCCCCACGACUUGAACUAGAUUUUGACCAGCCAACAUCAGGUCCGUUGUCGCAGCGAGGAGCUUUACCGGGAUCUACAGCGAACAAGGAGAAUAUGGCAGGGCCAGAAGCAUCCCGUGCCGCAAAUAUCAUCAAUGAUGAUCUGAUGAAGCUUAUCCGAACUAUCAAAGAUAGUGUCGCCCAGGGAGGAGGACUGACAGCUGAAGUCAAGGCUCUCGUUCGUGAGCUUCGCGGAGAAGUCCUUGGCAUGGGCCGUGAAAUUGGACGAAAACUAGACGAGGAAGCUGGCAACCAUAAUACUAUGAACGAUCCAGCCGCAGAGCGUGAACAGAUUGUUCGAAUUGUUCAGGAUGGUCUUGAGGAGCUCAAAGUUCACAUGGACAAUAUACUCCACGAGCAUCGACGGCAAUCAGCAUCCUCCCAGGUCUCUCACAUCGCUGUUGAUUACCAAGAGAUUUUCAACGUAGUUCGAAGUGCAAUCACCGAGAAGAAUGAACAGCGGCAUCCGGAGCUCCAAAAGCAGGAUAUCAUGGAAGCUGUCAAGGAGGCGUGGGAGAAUUAUAAGCCGGACAUCGAGCUUCAGCAAUUUGGGCUAGAGCGAGAAGAGUUAUUGACCUGUUUAAAGGAAGGCAUUCAGGAAUAUGCACCUAAGGACCACCCCCGUGAGGUUAAAGGCGCCACUCGUGAUGAGGUUUUUGCCGCAGUCGUGGAAGGAUUGAAGCACUUUUCGCCUCCUCAAGUUGAGACGGAAGCUAGUCUCUCUCGCGAAGAGAUCCUCGAUGCUGUCAGAGAAUGCUUAGAGGAAUUUGAGUUUCCCGCAGCCCCUGCCCCUGAACCUAUAGAGACUGGAAUUACCCGGGAUGAUAUGCUGGAUGCUGUUAAAGAAGGGCUUCAUACCUUUGACUUUGCUGCAAAUCCCAUAGUCUUGACUAAAGACGUCGAUAGCGGCAUUAUGCGAGAUGAUAUGCUCGAUGCAGUCAAACAGGGACUUCACACAUUCGAUUUUGCAGCUAGCAUCUCAGCCCUAACUAAAGACAUCGAUGGAGGCAUUACGCGAGAUGAUAUGCUUGAUGCGGUCAAAGAAGGACUCCACACAUUCGAUUUCGCAGCCAAUACGACAGCUGUGACGAAAGAAACCGAUGGAGGCAUUACUCGUGACGACAUGCUUGAUGCGGUCAAAGAAGGACUCCAAACAUUCGAUUUCGCAGCUAAUACGACAGCUUUGACGAGAGAAACCGAUGGAGGCAUUAAACGAGAUGAUAUGCUUGAUGCGGUCAGAGAGGGACUUGAUAAAUUCGACUUUGCAGUCAAGAUCCCAGAUUUAAGCGGAGAUGCCGGCAAAUCGUUGACACGGGAGGAUAUGCUCGAGGCCAUCAAGGAAGGUCUAAGCACUUUCGAUCUCGCAGCAAAUUCUACUGCACUGACCAGAACUGUUGGCGAAGGAUUGACUAGGGACGAUAUUCUCGAUGCCGUACGUGAGGGUCUACACACGUUCGAGUUCCCAAUUGGAAAUGAUUCAAGUAGAGAGUCUGGUGAGACUUUGACACGAGACGAUAUUCACGGUGCGUUAAGAGAGUGUCUCCAUAAUUUCGACUUCUCUGGAGCGUCGACUGCAUUGGUUCCCACAAUUGGCGAGACCUUAACCCGAGACGACGUUUUCGAUGCCGUGAAAGCUGGCUUGGACGAAAGACCUCAAACGAAUGAGCACGCCGACCAGAUACUGGAAAAGCUUCACGAGGUACUUGUGGCUAUGCGAGCCGAGUUGAAGGCUGUUUCAGAUGAAGCGAAGCAAAAUGUUUCUGUCCACGGACGAGAUACUGAACAACUUCUUGAUGCAACCAAGGAUGGCUUCGAAAAAUUACGCAGCAACAUCGAGACGUAUGUUGACCGUGCAGUCGAGAUCAGCGACAAAGACGAGUUAGUGGACAGAAUGAGAGUCAGUUUUGACUCCCUUCGAUUGGAGGUCGAAGCUCUUGUAUCAAAGGGCUCGGACGGCUCUCUGAAUGUCGUGCAAAGCGAACUGGAAAAUCUCCGAGAAACCAUGUCAACGUCUCUUGUACGCGGAAGUAUCGGUGCUGAAAAGGACGAAAUCCUUGAAGCUCUCAAGGACGGUCUCGACUCUCUCCGUGCAGAUAUUGAGCGACCGCGAGAGAGCAGCGAGAGUGCAAUCUUGGGUGCUGGCGAGAUCCUUGACGCUUUUCAGGAAGGUUUGGGUGGGCUUCGCAGCGAAGUCGAAAAGAUCGGAAGUAAGCCUGUGGACAUGACUGUCAACUAUGAGAUCCUGGACACACUUAAACUUGGACUUGAAGGACUUCGAGCCGAUAUUGAUCGCCUGCGAGAAAGUGGUCACGGAGAACAGGACGUUGCUGAGAUCAACAGCGGUGCUAUCAUCACUGUGGAUAGUCUGAAGCGGGACGACAUCAUGAACCUGGAAUUAUUGAUCACACAAUUACGUCUCAAGGUCGAAGCUCUUGAAGCAAUGCCGCCUCCAGCACCUCAGCCAAUUCCAGAAAGUCUGUCGAAAGAAGAUCUUCAGAAUUUAGAGGAAAUACUUCGGAAUGUACAGGAAUCUGUUGCUGCAAUUUCUGCACAAGAACGAUCUGCCGACGAAGAUGGUGUCAGGCGAGAAGAUGUCGAGGCCAUCGAGACUCUUCUGCGAAAUACCAAAGCCAAAAUUGACGAUAUGGACUCUGAACAAAUCGCGAAGAAAGAUCAUAUUGAUGCGGUCGAGCUAGUCGCCACCGAGACUCGCGACGGUGUCCAUAAGUUAGCUACCAGCCUGGAGGAUGUUUCCAAGCGAGACGACGUUAACAUUAUUGAAGGUCUAGUUCGUGAUGUACUGGGAGGUCUGGAAGCAAUAAAAGAGCGUGCUACCAAGGAUUCUGAAGACCCGGAAAAGGUUACCAAAACGGAUGUUGAGGCCGUGGAAGCGGUUUGUCUCGACGUCAAGACAGCCAUCGAACAAAUGAUGGCGGCGGACAUUGCAGCAUUGGCCUCAAAGACCGACGUGAGCAAUCUUGGAGAGCUGAUCAAGGAGUUCAAGGGCCGGAUCGAGCUCUACGAGGGAAACACGGCAAAGUCCUUCGAGGAACGCCAAGCCGAGACCGUUGGCGUUGGUGAACGAGUGUCUGAAGUGAAGGUAUUCCUAGAAGAAUUCAAAGAUGUAUUGAAGGAAAAGUUGGACGAGAGUGCUUCUAGUAUGGAGACCUUAGGUACCGUCCUUGAAACUCUCAGGGAAACUGUCAGUCACCAUGCUCUCGCAGAUGACCUUAAGAAGCUGCUUGAGACCAUGCAGACCGAGUUCGAAAAGUCGAAUGCCGGAGUGGUAGGCUCGAAGCUCGAAACCGACGAGAAGUUUCAGCAGACUUGGGAAAAGUUUGAAUCCAAGCUCGACGAGAAAUUCAACGAGAUUAUGACUAAGUACGACGAUGCUCAAAUCGCAGCAGAGGCACAGGCCAAACUCGCGGAAGAAAGGAACUCGGAGAGUGAAGCUGCUGUUAAUGCUACGAAAGUGGUGGCUGAGGAACUCAAGUUGUUGAUCGAUACUCUGGGUCCUACGAUGACCGAUUCUAUCGAGAAGAUGGACGAGGCCUCCAAGACUGUUUUCAACCGCGUUGAAGAAACAUUUACCAGAGUCGAGGAAACACAUGCCGACGCAAAGGCUGAACACCAGCUCACCCGAGAGCAAGUCUACAAGACCCUCUCCGCCAUCGACGGGGUCCAAGUUCAUGCUUCUGAGUUCAAUCCAAAAAUCCUUGACUCCAUCAAGGAUGUAUUACUCAUAGUAGGUCAACAUUACGAGCAUUCUAAGACUGCGACCAUGGAGCUUCAAGAAAAGAUAGCAGAAAUACCUGUCCCCCCGGAGAUUCAACCAAUGGUAGAGCCACCUCCACCAGAGAAAUACGACGAUACUCCAGUCCACGAGAAGCUGGACAAACUUGUUGAUCAUAUGCACGCUGCUGGUAAAUCAUUUGCUCAGCUGGAUACUCUUGACAAGAUCCACAAGCAGGUGAUGGAUACAGCCGCUGAAGUCUCCGCAUUUGUAUCAGCUCAAACUCAACGUAUCGCGGAUGACCACGAAAACAAGGAGAAAGCAGUAGAAGCUGCGACCAUUGCUUUGGAGAAAAGUAAUGCGCAAAAGGAGCACAUCGAAGCCAUUGUUGUAGGUCUACGCGAGGAGGAAGAGCAGCUAAAGGAGUCCGUUGCGACACUGAAGGCCGAGCAGGACGAUCUUGCUCAUCAGAAGAUGCGACUAUCAGCGGAUGUCUCCAGCUUGGAAACAGCACUAAGGAUCAGACGAGAGGAACUUCAUGCCAUGGAAGCUCGAGCUGAAGGACUUGAGCGACGUAUCUUGGAAGGCGUCAUAGAUCAUUCUCGUGCGCUUCUCAUCUCCAAGUCGAACAAAGGCCGGGAUGCGAUGAGUCGCAAGCGUGUUCCCAGUCAUGCUACCUCAACAACCGGAUCCAUAAUUUCCGCUGCUACUUCGAGGGCUUCUAAUACGACGCAGAGCGCUGUAAAUAUGGCGAUGAAUGGUAACCGUGCUAUGGUCAGCAUUCCGAUCAAAAAUCCGGCCGGUGCAUCCAGACGCAUCUUGUCCCUGAGCCAAAUCACACACAAUGUCCCCAUCGGCGGAUUCAAGCGCAGCCAUAGCGUCAAGGCCCCCAGUGGCUCAGGAGCAAUCAGAAAAUCAAGUUGGGGCGGCUCACUUAGUCAAAGGUAUGGUGAUUUAAACAAGGAGAACCUGAUGUUGAAGGAGAGCGAAGAGGAUGACGAGGGGGAGACUGAUGACGGCGAUGUCAGCGAUAGCGGAACAAUGCGUAGGAGCAGUAGAGGCACUACUGUCAUGACUGGCACCACAGGCACGGGUAUAAGUGACAGUAUUGAUGAAGGCACCGAGUGGACCGGUAGCGUUUCCGGCGAUGAACACUCCGAAGAGGAAGUUGAGCCAGGAGAGGAUGGGAUUGUGGUUUAUGAGGAAGCGGAGCCGGUUGCUUAG